CAUAGAAAUGCAUCCUCAAGAUUAAAAGAACCAAAAAGAAGAAGAGGGCUUUGAGUAGAGCUAGAGAACCAUUAACAGAGAAACAACGAAGGAAGUCGAAGAAAAGAAAGAAUUCAGAAAAGAAAAAAGCAAAGCCACCGCCUAUGACUAAUGGUCUAUCGAAGGACUAUAUAAGUGACCGUAGCAAUGAGAAUUUGCUCCAACCGGCAACACCAGACAAAAUGAUUGAAAAGAUAAAUGUGGAGUAUAAACCUGACACCGGCGGAAUAGAAAUGAUGGACAUUCUUAUUGAUGAGGAGGAGGAGGAUAGUGCUGAGCAGAUGUUUACUGAUAUGGACGAGAGUGUAGCAGAUAUGUUGGAAUAUAAGGAUGAUGGUUGUAUUGAACUGGUACUAAAAGUUCUUGCCAGGAUAUGUGAUGGUCAGCAUGUUGGUCUACAGAACUAUCUUCGGGAACAGCCUGACAAUGUCAAAUCACUGAACAUCAUUGGCGAGACUGCACAGUUUUUGAAUGUUGUUUACUCCAGUAUCAACAAAAGGACAGUCGAUCUUGUCAUUCAACUAUUUAGUACACUCAACGAAUUUUGCUCGGGCAAUCAAGAGAACAGAGAAGUGAUUUAUAACAAGAAAGCCAUCGACUACAUAAAUUUUAUUCUCAGGGCUGGUGAGAUUGCAGACUGCUCUCCUGAGAAGGUACUUGAUUUGAGAGAGUCUAUUUCAUCACUGAUAUUGUCAUUGAUCGAAGAAAACGGGCCUUCAGCCUCACAAGUUGCUAAGGAGGUAAAAGACACGUUAGAUAAGGAAGCUCUGUAUCGCUGUAUGGCACAAUGUUAUGAGAUGCAUCAAUCGGAGAAGCCAAAACUUGAGGACAUCGUUAAGUCAGAAGCUGGCUAUAUGCAGUCGGCGAAAUCAAUCGCUUCACUCGGUGGUAGUUUGAUGAAAGGAGUUGUUAAAGGACCACAAAAGAAUGUUCUAAAGGAGAACCUCACGGCUGUAGGUUUCAAAUUCUACUUGAUUCUUGCACGCAUGCAUGACAUAGAUCCACAGUUGGUGGAACGUUUGUCGAUAACACCAGAACAGACGAAAGCUUAUGAUUAUUAUAAGAAAAACAGUACGUCAGUCGAGAUUGUGAAAGACGAUGUGCUACAGAAAAUAAACUUCAGGAUCAAAAACAAGAUACUUAUAAGAGAAGAGGUGAAGGAGAAAUUGAAGUGGAAUGUUGACAGAACGUCUCCUAGCAACAAGAUACGAGAUCUAAUGGACUGGACCCGGGAUAUUAUGCAAGAUAUCUCAUACCAGAGAAAGAUACUGUUUAACCCUAUUGCAAUCAUGUUUACCAAGGGCUGGCUUCUAUGGAAUCAUCUGGUGACGUUUCUCAGUUUUGCAAUAAAUAUACUUAUGUUGCUUACAUGGAAUGCUAAGGCAAGUCUCGAGGAUUAUGAGCGUAUACAGAAUGCUGGAAAUACAACAAACGAUACGUUUAACUUUGCAUUGUUGAAAGAUCCACAGCCUUCAAUCGGACGCAUACCAGAACAUGAAUAUACUAUAACCAUGUAUAUUCUAAGUGGUGUACACAAUCUUUUCUCGUUGUUUGUAAUCAUCAGUUACUUUUUAUCCAAUCAUCCACGAUUUCCCACGUGUUCAGAAUUGGCUGACCCUUUCCGUCAGUGCUGUAAUAAGAACAAAGACAAGGGAGAAACGGUUGGGAAAAGGAGCUCCGAGGACAAGCCAUCUAAACUUGAUGUCAAAUUCUUUAGUUUCACAACAUUUUACUAUAUUCUUCUUCUUGCCAUGUCUGCUGCAGGGACACAAUUUCAUGGCUAUUUCUUUGCAUUCCAUCUCCUUAACAUUGUAAAUAAUAAUCAACUGCUAAGCGGUGUCAUAAAGGCAGUCACACAAAAUGGUGUGUCACUGCUAUGGGUAGCUAUUCUAGGCUUCAUCGUUAUUUAUAUAUACUCUCUCGUUGGGUUCUCCUUGCUACGAGCCUACUUUGCACCGGGUGAUUAUCUGUAUUGUUCAACACUUUGGCAGUGUACGGUAACAGUCAUUAGAUAUGGUCUCAUUGGUGACAUGUUUGAGCAAGUGAAACAAGGAGAAUCGGAGCGAACAUUUGCAACAUUCUGGCCUAUAGUGUUAUAUCAUGUGUCUUUCUUCAUAUUCAUCACUACCAUUGGCUUGAACAUCAUCUUUGGUAUUAUAGUAGAUACCUUCUCCGAACUCAGAGACUUGAAGUGGCGAGCUGAGUCAGAUAUGAAAGACACGUGCUUUAUUUGUAGCAGAAACAGCUAUGACUUUGAACAUCACGGAAAGGGAUUUGACUUCCAUGUGAGAAAUGAGCACAACAUGUGGUCUUAUGUCUUCUUCUUUAUACACCUCAAUGACAUGAAAACCAGCGAUUAUACUGCAAUAGAGCUCUUUGUUAGCAAACUGCUUGAGCAAGAAAACUAUGACUUCUUUCCGAUGAAUCGUGCCCUUUGUUUGUCGUCAAUUGACAUUGAUUCUACUGAGUCAAAAAUAGAUGACCUUUUACAUCAGGUGACUUCAAUUGCACAGAAGCAACGUGAAGAUGAAGCAGAAAAGAAACGCAAAGUUGAAAAAUUGAAACAAAAGCGUUGGCAGGAAAAGCACAGACGAUUUAUAUUUGGAAUCCACCAUAGCGCUGAUGAAAACGAACUGGGUGACCGAGAACCAUUAGUGCCACCAUCUAAUUCUAGUAAUGACGGUGUGUUUAACGCACGUCAACCAGAAACUGGUAAUAUGAUGUCUGUUUCUGACGAUUCUGAAUAUUAUAAGGAAAAGAGGGGUUCUUUAUCAUUGUUACAAAUUCUAGAAGGCUUACCGGACGAUAAAUCUUCAAGGGCAUCACGUGCCUCUUCAAAAUCUCAUAUAAUCUCGGAAUCUGACGAAGAAUCCGAUACAGAUUCAGCCGGAAGUACAGGUCCUGUUGAAUCUUAUGAUCUUUUAAAAUCGCGAGAGACAUCGCGGGAUAGAAUAGACUCUAUACCGGAAGAAGCUGUGGUUGCUGUUCCGAUUCCACGUGCUGCAGCAGACGAAGAAGAUGAGCUUCCGCCUCCACCACCGGAAGAGACCGAAGAACGCCACCUGGUGCCGCAUCAUGACAGCGAUGAAGAAACUACUCAUUUAUAGUUUCAAAAAUCAUUCAGAUUAAUCGCUCAAUGUUGUACGUGCAAAAAUUAGAUUAUAAAAGCAGUGGAUUCAAAUUUACUUUUAUUUCAUUCACCAGUUCGAGUCCGGUUGCAAUUAGAGAACAGAACUACAUGUCCUUGGGCUACCAUAACAAAUGAUUUGACAUGUUUAAACGGUCUGGUUACAUGUGUGUUUCCUGCAAAAUACUUUCUACAAUUAAUCGAAGACAAGCCUUUACAUGGUUUUACUAGUCGUUCUACAAAGUUUUAAGUAAAUUAACAUAGAACCAUUUGAAAUGGUGGCUAAAGUUUUAUGUUGUGACAGUUAUGAACCAAAGUAAUGGUGAAAAUACUUCUACAAUGUAAUCGCGAAUCGUUGUAAUAUAUAUGAGAUGUGAAUUGAUUUGUUGUUGCAUAUAGUUAAUGUUGUUAAGUUUUUAUUUGUUUUAUCGAAUAGUCUUCCAGCUACAGUAUACGCACUGGAAAUAUUUAUACAAACCGACCACAAUGAUUGUUGUUGUAAUUUUUAAUAAAAAUAUUUUAACCGCGUUCCUAUAUACGACUUGCAAUAUUAGCAAUUGGCAUUGCAUUUUGUCUUUUUUGUUAUAUUACUUAAUAUCAAUAAGUUUCUUGUGUCAUUGCUCUACGCUGCAAGAAACUAGCCCAAUAUGUACAGGUCAUUAUAUAUCAUUAAACAUAGGCAAGGGACUAACAACCAUUCACAUACUUAACGUUUAUUCUGAAUAUAAUUUGGCUUUUAAAUCUUAUUUUCUAGACUGCCUCCGUGGUUAGGGUUAGAGUCGAUGACUUCUAAUCCAGUUACCUCUCUGGCGUGGGUUCGAUCCCCGGGAGAUGCUUUGGUAGUUUAGCGCGGAGGAAGGUUGACUAGUACUGGUGUAACUCUCCAGGAACGAUGGUUAGGAAACUACCCGCCUAUAUUACUGAAAUACUGUUGGGGAAAAGGCGUAAAAUGAAACAAAGAAACAAACUUGUUUUCUGAAGUGUGGAAAUGCUUAACAUGCUCAGAUUUUUUUAAAGACAUCACUAUAAAGAUUGCAUCAAUAUGUGUGCACAUAAUACCAUACUGUAUAUUAUUAUAAAUGUUCAAGGUCAUUUCAUCAACAUGACCAAGCCAUCGGAUUUUUAAUUAUUCAUCUUUAUGCAGUUUGUUCUUUUUUAAGACAAGAACAUCUCGGUCAUGUUGUAAGACAAAAACAUCUCUUCCAUGUUUAACAGGAUUGUAUCCUAAACUUUCAAGAUGUUGGCGACAUUUCUUUCAUGACAUUUUGAGGUAUAUUGUACGCACAUAAAACACGUUUGAAGGACAAUAAGUUUUGUGUGAAUGGAAAACGAUGUACAAUGUGUAAUGUAUAAAUGUAAAUGCGUAAACAUCACGCACAUUUCAUGUCAUUCAAGAUAAUAUUUUGAAAAUGAACAACAUAUUUUUGUACUAGGCAAAAACUAUACCAUUACAUUUAAAUUCUAAAACUUUCUAAAAGUUUAUUUUAAAUGAAAGAAAAAAAUGCUAUGCCCAAUCAAUAUUACAAC